UUUUCCUCCAAGGCAGCAGGAGCCCAAGCCCGGUCUCAGAGCUCCAGCGGAGCCCGCAGGAAGAGCCUGGCACAUCCCCUCCAUAGCCGCGCACCCGGGUGGGACCAGCCCGCACCCCGCAGAGCCAUGAACCGGCUACCACAGCUGGUGCUGUGGGUCACCGCAGUGGCUGCUGUCUGCUGUUCUGGAUCACAUGAAGAAAACUCUUCUGCAUCAAAUCCAACUCAGAAGCUCUCCCUGAUAAAAAAUAGGAUGGUUUCAUUGCAUCAGCCUUCUAAACCAGAAGUCUCUUGUAUCAUCGGCUCAAGCUGUUCAUGGGUGACUUCCACAGACAGUUUUGGCAAACCAGACUGGGUGUUAUCUUCCAUUGGAGUCCUGGUGUCCCAGGAGAGGCAGCAGAUGCUUCUGGAAAACAGUUCCUCCCAUGGAGAUGUUGAAGGGGACAUUUUCCUCCUGAACACCAGUAGACUCCCAGAUAGAUGUGAGUUCAGCCUGCAAAGCCCUAUCCUGCCUGGGAGCUUGGAUUCUUGCUUGCUGGAACUGGCCAUAUGUUCCCAGGAUGCUGUUACUCUCCUCCAGAGAUUCACAGUUGAAAUCAGAUAUGUGGAGACAAACAAAAAUGCAAUAAUUUCUCUGAGAGUUGGCCAUGAGGAGAAUGCUGGGAUGAAAUGGAAAUACCUGGUGGCCCAGAUUGGACGAAUAGAAAGACCUUUCACAAUCACCCUGGUGUAUUCAAACUGUGGAGCACAGGAGGUUGGAGUAGUGGCAGUGGGCUCCUUGCAACUCAGGAACUGCUUUCAUGAUAAAGAAAACCAAGGUCUUUUUAUAUAUGACAAAGGCUCCACCUUCCCCUGCAUUCAUGGAGGCUGUGUCAGCCACCUACAGAUCUGUGAAUUCAUCAGUGAUUGCCCUACUAAAGAGGAGGAAGGAGUGAGGUGUGACCGUCUCCCAGAGGGUUCACACUGCUCUUUCGAAGAAGGUCCAUGUGGCUGGACACUGAAUGAAACUGCAGUAUCUCCUUGGUCUAUUCGGGGCUUUUCUGAAAUAAUUCAAGAUGACUUAUUUGUAGGGUCUACUUUGCAAGCCACUGGUGGACACUUCCUCUACCUGCGAGCAGACAGCACUCAGACAAGUGGUGUGGCUAAGGCUUAUAGUACCAGCUUGCCACCCAGUCUUGCCACUGAAGACUACCAGAUUCAGUUCUCAGUGCAUGUUUUUGGUAGCUACAAUGGCACAGUGUCCUUCUCUCUCAGGGAAGAGAUAAAGGGAGCUUCAAUCACCUUGCCAAUGUGGGAAAGAGCAGGGAGCUGGAGUGACCACUGGUUUCUCAUCACCUUACCAAUGCCAGUGCUUCAGAACCGGUUUCAACUGGAACUCCUGGCAACUUGGGGCUGGAAUUCCCAAGCUGACAUUGCUAUCGACAACAUUACAUUUGGCCUGGACUGCUUCACUGAUGGAAGACAACUGAAUCAUUUUGGUGGGAAACGCCAGUACCCACGUGAGAUUAGUAUCCUGGAUGAGCAUCUUCUGAACCCCCUGGAAGAGCCCUCCCUCCCAGGGGACACAACUGUUGUUCUGUGGUGGUUCUCAACAUGUGGUGCCAGUGGUCCCCGUGGGCCAACUCAAGCUCAGUGCGACAGUGCCUACAGGAACAGCAAUGUGUCAGUGACUGUGGAGAAGGAGGGCAGACUCCGGGGAGUGCAAGUCUGGAGAGUGCCAGCCACAAACAUAUACAGGAUUUCUGCCUAUGGAGCAGCCGGCGGGAAGGGAGCCAAAAACCACAAUAAGAGGUCCCACGGGGUCUUCAUCUCAGCCACCUUCCACCUGGAGAAAGAUGAGCUGCUGUACAUCUUAGUGGGGCAGCAGGGGGAAGAUGCCUGCCCUGGGGGCAAUCCUGAAACCCAGAAGAUCUGCUUAGGGGAGUCAUCUCUCAUUGAAGAAGAUUACAAAAAAAAAAAGGACCUGAAGGAAUGGGCUGGAGGAGGUGGGGGUGGAGGAGGAGCAACCUACAUCUUUAGACAGAAGGAUGGGAUUUUCGAACCUUUGCUCAUCGCAGCAGGAGGAGGAGGAAAAGCCUAUCUGAAGGCUCAGGACAUCUCCCUGGAUGAUGUACCCCUGGAGCAAUUUGAGAACAGCACUGCGGUUCCUGGUGUCAGUGGAAGGACUGGGGCAGCAGGUGGAGGUGGUGGCUGGCAAGAUGAGAGUCUGCUUCCUCAGGCUGGGAAGUCCCUUCUGGAAGGUGGAGAAGGAGGUCAAGCUUGUCCCCAGGCAUUAGCCAAGCUCCAGUGGACCACCUCUGGUGGUUUUGGUGGGGGAGGAGGAGCUUGUACUUCUGGGGGAGGAGGUGGAGGGUACAGAGGAGGACAUGCCUCUGAUACUGAUGAUAUCACAGCUGGUGGGCAGGAUGGCAUCUCUUUUGUGAACCCCAUUGGAGAGAUCUUCUUGCAUCCCUUGGCAGCCAUGGAGAGUCAUGGUGAGGUGGAGGUUCAGAUCUAUCUUAACUGCAGCCACUGCCACUCAGACAACUGCAAGCGGGACCCUGACACCAACCUGCCAGUCUGCCAAUGUGAGAUGGGGGCUGUGCUGGCCAAUGACAAUGUCACCUGCACUGUGCCCCAGGGUCCUAUACCAGAGGGACAGCUGCCUCUCCCCCUCCUCUUAGUUGUGGUGUCUGUGAUUGUGGUGCUUGGAAUGAUCCUCACUUGUGGCAGCCUGUCUAUCAUUUACCACCUGAAGAAGCAGCAGCUGGAAGGAGCCAGAGCACGACUGCAGAGCCCAGAAUAUAAACUGAGCAAAAUUCGUACAUCUGUCAUCAUGACUGAUUACAACCCCAACUACUGCUUUGCAGGGAAGGCUGCCACUCUGAAUGAGCUGAAGGAGAUCCCACGGAAGAACAUCUCUCUGCUUCGGGCACUAGGACAUGGUGCAUUUGGUGAGGUUUAUGAGGGAACCGUGGUAGGCAUUGCAGGGGAUCCCAACCCUCUACAAGUGGCUAUCAAGACCCUGCCAGAAGUCUGCUCUGAGCAGGAUGAGAUGGAUUUCCUGAUGGAAGCAUUGAUUAUCAGUAAGUUCAAUCACCAGAAUAUCGUGCGGUGCAUCGGUGUCAGCCUACAGACGCUGCCUCGCUUCAUUCUGCUGGAGCUCAUGGCUGGAGGAGACAUGAAGAGCUUUCUUCGGCAGAACCGACCCAGGAUGAAUCAACCAUCCACGUUAACAAUGCAGGACCUGCUGAACAUAGCUAGGGAUAUUGCCUGUGGCUGUAAAUAUCUGGAAGAGAAUCAUUUCAUCCACAGAGAUAUAGCUGCAAGGAAUUGCCUUUUGACCUGUACUGGAGCAGGACGAAUAGCCAAAAUUGGUGACUUUGGAAUGGCCAGGGAUAUUUACAGAGCAAGUUACUACCGCAAGGGAGGAAGAGCCAUGCUUCCUGUCAAGUGGAUGCCACCAGAAGCUUUUCUAGAGGGCAUUUUCACCUCCAAGACUGAUACCUGGUCCUUUGGAGUGCUGCUUUGGGAAAUUUUCUCUCUAGGCUACAUGCCCUACCCUUGCAAAACCAAUCAGGAGGUGCUGGAAUUUGUUACCAGUGGAGGAAGAAUGGAUCCACCAAAAAACUGUCCAGGACCAGUGUACCGGAUCAUGACACAGUGCUGGCAGCACAGCCCAGAGUAUCGGCCAAACUUCUCUACUAUCCUGGAAAGGAUCAAGUAUUGCACACAGGACCCUGAUGUGAUCAACACUGAGCUGCCCAUGGAGUGUAGCCCCACACCAGAGGAUGAAGGAAGUACGGUCAUGCGCCCAAACAUUUCCAGUGGGAUAGUGCCAAUGCUGAUGGGUGAAGUUUCAACAUCAGGAAUGUUCUGCUUCCUCUGUCUACCUACUGGAUCCCCAGAUUGUAAAAGACACUUGCAUUUCUAUCUCUGUCCUUCAAAUGUGUUCCACUGAACCAGCUUAGAAGUGGAGAACAAUGGCAUUGCUUGUCUGAUUCAGAAUACAGUUAAUAAGGAAAUAAUUCCUUCUCAAUCUGCUCAGGUGAAAAGAAAUGGACCUACCAUCCAGCUGCAGCAUUUGGAUGGAAAUAAUGACCAACACAGCUUAUGCUUCUUUCUGAACCAAGAAUCAAAAAAUGUGUGCUGUUGGUUGCAAGCAGCAACAUUCCCAAGAGCUUUUUACAGUUCUGGUGAAUUACUAAUGCUUAUGCACUAUAAGGGAAGUAAAAAAAAAUAGCAGCCACAUUUGCAUCCGUUUUAUUAGUAGACCUUGUGGAAGCUAUUGCUCAAAUUGGAAGCAGUAAGAAGAACGAAAGAAAAAAAAAUCAGGCUCCUCUGAGCAUGUGCUUUGUAAACAAGCAAUGAAGAGGAAAACAUUUACCAUCAAAAAAGCAGUUGCUGGUGGAGCUGAUAGUAUUCCUUUGAAUAUUGAAGGAAAUGUGCUGCUUGCCUCACGGUGUUGCUUUCCUCACAGCUCUGGGCAUAGAAGGGGCAGGUGGUUUUUCAAGGAAGGGUGAGCUGCAUGGUAUGAUGAGAAAUGGACUGUCUUUAUCUUUUAAUGGACUUUACUUAAGAUGAAUCUCAUUUUUGUAAGUACUUUGAUAUUCAGCAUUAGUUCCCUGUGCUAUGUUGGUAAGCACUAAGCUGAAGUUCUUGGGUAACUGUCUAGCAUUUGGUGUGCUGGAGUUCUUGGUUUUAAUACUCUGAGGUAGAAAGUAAUGCAAAGGAGAGGAAUAGUGAAGGGAAAUCUAAUGUAAACCCUACUUCGGGUGUUCUUUAUACAGGAAGGUUGAAUAGCUAAAUCAUUUGAGAAAGCCAAAACCAUGACUUGGCUUCACACAGCUGAGCAGGUUGUAAUUGUUCCUUGCCUUGCAAGUGCAGAGACUUGCUGGUAAAUGUAGUUGUUUGUUUCCAAAACAGCUCAUUUCUAAGGCUUUCUUCAGUUGUUUAGGAUCUAAAUGGGUGUUUAUGGAUUAAAGCUGCAAAAUAAGGAGACUGAAAAGGCAAAUAGUUUGGAUUGAGUCUGAACAGUCUUGGAAGCAUUCUAUCCUUGUAUUACUCCUGAAUGUCAACACUGUCAACCUACAGUGGCAAAUUACAUACUUUGUGUGUAAUCAAGUUGUGUGGAGAGAUGCCAGUUGUAGAAUUCUCUGGCUCCUUUCUGAGGCAAGAGGUUCUCUGGUACAUGAUUUAUGCUUAGUGAUCAGCUGCAUGUACAGUCUGAAGGUGUGGGCCAGCAGGCGAGGAUUUGCUUUGACCACACGGAGUUCCUGUCCUUUACAUCAGUCAGGGUGGACACGACUGAGUUGUGGUAAAGAAAAGCACAGAGUGAAGAGUCUGAAUCCAUCCUCAGUGAAAGGCAUCUUUGACACAGGUUUAUGCUUUUUUGGUCUGACUUGAUAUCUGCUCCAUGCUUUCUAUAGUUUUAGACCUUUGACUUUAGAAUGGACAGUUUUGUACAAUGUCAUUUCAGAGCAUACAAAUAUCUUAUGAGCAGGUGUCAAGAGGACAGGAGCAGACUCAUUUCAGUGGUACCCAGCAACAGGUCAAGGGGUAACAGGCACAAACUGAAACACAGGACAUUCCACCUGAGUAUGAGAAAAAAAGUUGUUUACUUUGAUGGAGACAGAGCACUGAAACGGGUAGCCCAGAGAGGCUGUGGAGUCUCCGUCUCCAGAGACACUUGAAACCUACCCAGACAUGAUCCUGUGCAACCUGCUGUAGGUGAACCUACUUUAGCAGGAAGGUUAGACCAGAUGAUCUUUGGAGGUCCCUUUUCACACCAGCCCUUCUGUGACUUCCAGACACAAAGGGUGAUGAUGGCCACCUUUCAGCAAAGACCCAUAUGGUGUGGAAAUAAUUCCAAAUCCAUUGUGUUGUAAAAUGACGGAUGGUCAGAAGAGAGGGGUCCCUCAGGGGGUCCCUCUGUGUGGGGCAAAUUUCAGUAGUAGUGAGCUGAGGGGUUUAGUGACCAAGGGAGAUGGAUGACCUUACCUCAUGCCCUUCCUCCCAUUUCACCUUUGCUUUAGCUCUCUAGCUUCUCUCCCAUUUAGCUCAUUGCCUGUCCUGUCUUACAUCCACGAGUUGCUAUAGCCCAGUUAGAUGAGGCAGAAAAGCCCAUUUAGCUGGAAAUUUUCUCAUUCUUUCCUCUUGCAAAAGCUAACAUUUUUGGUCAUAUUUCAGACUGGCUAAUAAAAAAUAAAUGCAUUUACUUUUAGCUAAUUGGAAUUUCAUCAGUUUAUCCUUACCUUUCAGAUUUAUUACUCUUAUGGUUCACGCAUUAGUAGUUUUUUUCCCCCAAAGGUGACCUAUUAAACUUUACAGCAGUUUUGACUUGGCGCCAGCAUCUUGGCCCCUUCCUCCCUGAAUAUAAGGCCACAGCAGAGUGCAGUGAUCCUGGUUCAGCAGCAGUGGACAUGAUGCCAGCUCACUCUUCAGCCCGUGUCUGUCCUGAGCAGAGCACUGGUGGUCAUGGCCAUGCUUUUGCAGGCCCAUUAUGAAUCUGCUUUCAAUUCUCCUUAGCCAUUAGCAGGGGCUGGAAACUGGUGGCAAGAGAAGUGAAAUACCGGCUUGUUCAGAAGCCAUGGGAAGUUAACUACACCACCUUCUCUUUCCAGAGACUUUUAAUGAAGCAGGAGACACAAGACAGUUCAUCAUAUUUUCAAUGUGGAAAUGACUAUACAAUACCCCAAGAUUCCAGUGAGAAGCAGGAGGAUCCCUACUGUCCAGAUAGUUACCCAGCCUGAGCUACCAUUGUUUUCCCCCUGUGUAGCACUUGCCUCACUGCCAUUCACAAAUUUAGAAAGGCCAGUAGUGAUAAAACCAGGGAAGCCAUUGAAAAGUGAAGUGAAAGGAGAGCACAGUUCUAUUACCAGUGCCAUGGGCAGUCUUGGCUGCAGCUCUGCCUUCACUUUAUAAACAAAGUGCAAGUCCAGCACAUUGGACAAAUACCUGUUUUUACUGAAUAGCUGCAUCAAGGUACUCAUUUACACGAAGCACAUAGACAAAGCUGCACUGAGACUGAACAGAAUUCCAUCCUGACCAGGAUCUUAUCCCUAAGAGUGAUCAAGAGUGGGAUGUUGAAGAGCAACUGUAAGAGUAGGGUAAGCAUGUAUUAUUUAUUUCUGAGACAGACUCUGAAGGUUUACAACAGCAUUUAGCUCACGGCUGUACUGAGCCAGGUGCAGUCUCUUCUAACAAGACAAGACUUGGAGCUGCAGGUACCAAAUGGGCACUAAAAGAAAGAGCUGGGAAUUUUAAAAGAAUCUCCAUUAGCAACCUCAAUUUUGUACAAGCUCUUAACUCUCUCAAAUGGAAUUAUCUUGUCAACAUAUUGCCAUGAAUCUUUGACCUGUAAUAGUCUUUUUUAGAUGCUGUUUAAAAACUCACAGAGAUAAUGAAUUUUUAAUUAAUAUCCUGGAGGAAAUAAUGUCAAUAUUGCUCCUGUUGUGAUGCUGAAUGCUACAUGCUGUCCAAACCAUUUUAUCUCAAAAGAAAAAAUAACAGUUGCAGUGAUACACAAGACAACCUUCAGUCCUUCAACUCAGAGACUGAAACUUACUGUUUGUACAAACAGAGAUUUCAUAGUGCUCAACUGCUACCAUUGCAAAAUAUAACUUACUUGAAACUGCUUUUUAAGGAGACAUUUUUAGUGCAUAACCAAUGAGUUAAAACUAUAGUGUUAAAAUUAGAUUACUUUGGCAACUGGGAGCCAAAACCCAAUUUUGCUUCCUAGAGGAAUGACAUGAGCUGGAGAUCUGGGAUUAAUUUGGUCCUAUAAUCAACAUGAAAAGUCUUCCAACACUUCCCUACUGCAGAAUCAGCCAUUUAUAGAGUUAUAAAUUGCUCUUCCUGAUAGGUGUCUGUUUUUUAACAUUACCAAAAUGGUUUUGUAAUUGUGUGUAUACAGUUGUUUUUUGACUGUGUUUAGCAUUAGUACUUUAUGUUGCUUCAUACAACCUCGUACUCACAUUUUAAUGAAGGGACUGAUUAACAAAAGAUGAAACAAUAAUGGAAAUUUCAAUUUGUCUUUCUCUGCUUUCUUUUCACAUUUGUUGAUAUUCCUGCUUCUGAUUGCUUUGUUAUCCUUUCUCUCCUCAACGUAAAUGCUUUGCAUCUUCACUUUUUCCUUUAAACAAACAGAAUUUUUAAUUGCACAGAUUUAAGGUGUUCCCCGUCAUAUCAACCCUUUUCCUGAGCUAAGUUCUCAGCUGAUUUGCCCAUGGGCUGGUGUGCACUAAGAAAGCUUUCCAAGGCUGAUAAAAUAGUUAUGGGCUUUUGCAAGCGUAACUUAUUCCACCUCCAAAACACUCCCCCACCUUCCUGAAAGAGAAGAAAAUGCUGCUGCUGGGAAUACUGUUUCCCCUACUGUAUUUGCAUCUCCACAGCUGUGUCAGCCAGGGACCACACUUCCUUAGACCCUUGAGCUGUGUGAGGCAGUUUCUUCUGUAGGCAUGGCUGUGCUCUCCCCUCCUGGCUGUCCACCCUUCUCAAUCCCAUGCAGAGACCUUAAGUGAUGCCAUACCUAACCUGUCCUCCUCACAUCACAUGACUUUUCCAUUUACGUGAAUAGGUUUUGAUUUGUCAUUACCUCUGACCAUAGCAGCACUUCUGCCAACUUACCUUUCUGGUAACUACUGUACAUAAGUAGAUGACAUGCCUGCUUCUAUGCAAUUUAAAGCUAGACAAGUGUGUACUUCUAUAUUUGCAACACAAAAUAAAGAGACACUAACGGUG